AAGAACCGGAGAGUAACGGAAACUGGAGAGAGAGAGAGCGUUCGUUUGUUUGAUCUCACCAUCUAUCAUUACUACCAGUUUUGACCUCUCUCUCCCUCUCUCUGCGAUUCAUUUCAGACUCCGAAGAUCCAAUCCGAAAUCUGAUAUGUUAUCUAAGCUUCCUUUUGCUCCUCUAAAUCCAAGAUGAGAACCCUCAACAACAGCGUCGACACCAUCAACGCAGCCGCCACAGCCAUCGUCUCCGCCGAGUCUCGUGUCCAGCCAACUGUUGUUCAGAAAAGAAGAUGGGGAGGCUGCUGGAGUCUGUACUGGUGUUUUGGUUCUCAUAAAAAUAACAAGCGAAUUGGUCAUGCCGUUCUUGUUCCUGAACCAGAGGUACCAGGAGCUGUAGUUACUUCAGUUGAAAAUCAAACACACUCAACUGCUGUUGCAGUUCCUUUUAUUGCUCCUCCCUCUUCUCCUGCUUCAUUCCUCCAGUCUGAUCCCCCUUCUGUCACCCAUUCACCUGCAGGAUUGCUCUCUCUUACUUCCCUUUCUGUGAAUGCAUACUCCCCAGCUGGACCUGCGUCCAUUUUUGCCAUAGGUCCUUAUGCUCAUGAAACCCAGCUAGUUACACCACCUGCAUUUUCUGCCUUCACCACUGAACCAUCCAGUGCUCCUUUCACUCCGCCUCCUGAAUCUGUUCAGCUGACUACACCUUCUUCGCCAGAAGUGCCAUUUGCUCAACUUCUAACGUCUUCCUUGGAGCGUGCUCGAAGAAACAGUGGGACUAAUCAUAAGUUCACAUUAUCCCAUUAUGAAUUCCAGUCUUAUCCAAUAUACCCGGGAAGCCCAGGUGGUCAGCUCAUCUCCCCAGGCUCAGUAAUCUCAUAUUCAGGCACUUCUUCUCCUUUCCCUGACAAACACCCCAUUCUUGAGUUCCGUAUGGGGGAAGCUCCCAAGAUCUUGGGCUUUGAGCAUUUUAAUACUCGUAAAUGGGGCUCAAGAUUUGGCUCUGGAUCUUUGACACCAGAUGGGUUGGGGCUAGGUUCGAGGCUUGGUUCUGGUUCUGUGACUCCAGAUGGUGUGGGGAUAGGUUCAAGGCUUGGUUCUGGAUCCGCAACUCCGGAUGGUGUGGGGCUUUCAAGGCUUGGUUCAGGAUCCUUGACACCUGAUUGUGUGGGUCCUGCCUCUCGAGAUGGUUUCCUUCUGGAAAAUCAGAUUUCUGAGUUUGCAUCUCUUGCAAACUAUGAAAAUGGAUCUAAAAAUGAUGAAACUGUAAUUGAUCAUAGGGUCUCAUUCGAGUUGAGUGGUGAAGAGGUUGCGCGUUGUCUUGAGAGCAAGUCAAUGCAAUCAGGUAGAACGUUUCCAGAAUGCUCACAGGACAGUAUGUCUGAGGAUGGCAUAAAAAGUGGGAAGAUGCUAAUGGAUAGUGUGAAUUGUUUACAUAAUGGGGAAACUUCCAGUGAAAUACCUGACAAAUCUUCAGGAGAAAUGGAAGAGGAAAACUACUAUAGAAAACAUCGUUCCAUCACUCUUGGGUCGAUAAAAGAGUUCAACUUUGAUAAUUCAAAAGAAGUGCCCGAUAAGCCCACAAUCGGCUCUGAGUGGUGGGCUAAUGAAGCAAUUGCUGGGAAGGAAGCUAGGCCUGCCAACAGCUGGGCUUUCUUCCCGUUGUUACAGCCUGAAGUCAGCUUACAUUGAAACUUUGCAUAAUGGCUUUGCCUCAAUUAUGGUCAACAGGAUUGCUUUACUGAAUGCCUAACUUGUCAGAUGUAAGUCUGAAGGGAAACAGUCUUUUGGAUACAGUUCACAAGCCAUGGUGAUCUGAACAAGUAGUGCGGAGAAAAUAGCUUGUAGGAAUCAUUAGUAUGAGAACUAUAGAGCAUUCUUUUUAUUUUGUUAUUUUCCUAGUUGGAUGUUAUACAAAAAUAGCAUUUGCAUAUAGUGUUGUCUUGUAGAUUUUUUUUUUUCCUUGUCUUGUGUAAUAAUGAAGAAAAAAGUGCUUUCCUUAUCUGCGAGUCCAAUGGUGCCCAGAUCCUUGUGGGUGCACGUUCUCUGCAAUUAUCUUUAGGAGGCAGGGGCUUCCAUAAGACGGGCUUAAUGGCUUGUGGAUAUGGUUGUUUGUAUUAGAUUUGCAUGUGAAAUUCCUCUGUGAUUUGGUCCAUGUGAACCAAGUAUAGGCAAAAAUUAUUCUACCAAAUGCAAACUGUCCAGUGACCUUGGUUGACAAUUUA